AUGUUUGACAGAAAAUUCAACAUGGAGUCGAUAUUUCACGAGAAACAAGAGGGUUCCCUUUGCGCCCAGCAUUGUCUCAACAACCUAUUGCAGGGUGAGUAUUUUACAGCUGUGGAUCUGUCCUCAAUUGCUCAUCAGCUGGAUGAAGAGGAGCGGAUGAGAAUGGCUGAAGGUGGUAUGGCCAGUGAGGAGUACAGGACCUUCUUGCAACAACCAUCUGGAAACAUGGAUGACAGUGGUUUCUUUUCGAUUCAAGUUAUUAGUAAUGCUCUGGGAGUAUGGGGCUUGGAGCUGAUCCUUUUCAACAGCCGAGAAUAUCAAAGCCUAAUGAUAAAUCCAAUAAAUGAGAAAGCCUUUAUUUGCAACUACAAGGAGCACUGGUUUACAAUACGUAAACUUGGGCAGCAGUGGUUUAAUCUGAACUCACUGUUGACUGGACCAGAGUUAAUAUCAGACACCUAUCUAGCCCUCUUCCUUGCACAAUUACAACAGGAAGGUUAUUCCAUAUUUGUGAUCCGAGGAAAUCUCCCUGAGUGUGAAGCUGAACAGAUACUUGGCAUCAUGAGAGUUCAGCAGCAGCAGCGGCCUAGGCUUAUUGGAGAGGACGAAGUCCAAUCAAGUAGUGGCCAAGGAAGAUCGGCAGCAAUGGACCAUCAUCCAGAGACAGGCUUGGGUCUGGAGGAUGAAGUUGUGGAUGAAGAUGAAGAGGAGUUAAAGAGGGCACUGGCAUUGAGCAGACAGGACAUGGAGGUGGAAGAUGAAGAGGCCGACCUUCGUAGGGCCAUACAGCUAAGCAUGCAGGGAGCAGUGAUGAGCAACAAGUCUUCAGAGUUAAAAGUGGCAAAUGUAAAGAGUAUCAGCCAGGGAGCAGGGAGUUCUGCAGCAGGAGGACCAGGAGGCGCUCAGACUGAGACACUCACAGCAGAGGAACUGAGAAGGAGGCGACAAGCCUACUUUGAUCGGCAAUCCCAGCAACAACAACAAGUUCAGCCCACCAUUCCUCAACAAAUUGACACCAAAUCUUUAGGUGGCUCAGGACCAAAGGAUAGUAGUUCUGAAGAAGGCUCACAAAACAAGCCCAGCCAGUGAAGUGGAGAAAGCUCUUCCAGUGGCCUAUUUGUUUACAAGCUGCCUGGAUUGGUACCCCAUCCAGGGGUAGCUUUGCUCUUUCCUCUAACCUUUCGCACAUGCGAACGUAAGGCCCGCCAGAAGUCUGGCACAUUUCCCCUUGUUGGUUCGCUGACAGGCUAUAGAGAAGGCAAUAACACAGACAGAGCUAGUCUAAUCUAGCUCUGAACUAGCCCAGAAGCUGGGAAAGGGUGAAUACAGUACUCUGAUGCAGUUUACCCCAGUCUGUAAUGGCCUUUUUACCAUAGCGCCUUCUAUGUGUAAUUUAUCCGUUUUUAUUUCUACUCUCUUGUUUCUCUCAAGAUGGAGUAGUAUUUUUGGCAUCCAACGUGUUUAAUUUGCAGGCAGAAGCAUACCAUUAUGGGUGCUCUGUGGGCACCAUAUGGGACCACUGAUUAGACCACAGAUUGAGCUUUGAUAGUGAGUAGGAGAGCCUCAAGUCUUGUGCUACCUUACCUCAUUGAGAUCAUAGAUUGCAUGAGGUGAUCCUGAACCCCAUCCUAGUCCAUUGGAUUAUCUGUUGUCUAAAACUCUUUCUUACAGAAUUAUAUUGUCAUUGAAUUUAUGAUACUGUGGUACAGUGAACACCAAAAGUAUGUGGAUAACAACACAUUCAUUAAUGUCCUGGGUCCAUGGUCUGUCAUUAAAUAUGGUUGCCGAAUUAUGCAUUAAUUGUGGGAUAAAAUUAUUAGCAGCCUUAAUCUUUGAGUGUCUUUAUGCAUGCUCACACAGAAAGUUGAAUCAGUUCAUCUGGACCAGAUGAACUGAUUCAACUUUCUGUGACUUCAUUUUUGAGGUUUCAUCUGCUUCUGAUGACUGGAAAUAAAUACAAAAGAUCAAUUGAGAUAUUUCUAUAACUACAGAUUUUGUGCUGCGAAAUCCAUAUAUAGACAGAUUUUGAGUGUAUUUUCCAAAAUUUUAAACAUGAAAAUUCAAAUGAAUGAAGUUCACUAUCCAUAAACAUCAACAAACUACUGCUUACAGAUGAAAUUGUUAUCCGUAACUUAUACACAGUAUUAGGUAUUACUUCUUUACCGUAAUUUAGAGCAUAAUCUUGUGCGCAUCUGGGUGCUACGAAAGAUGCAUUCAUUUAAAAAAAAAAAAAGUUUACAUAGCUAAUUUUAAAGUGCAACAUGAAAUAGGUGGCAACUAUCAAUUUGUGUUGUGAGGCUGCAGAGUUCUGGAAAUCAUCUGCUGAUCAACUACGUAGUGAAAUAAUUUGAUAUGUUUGUCUGGCAAAAUACUUUUUAGCAUUUUGAAAUGGGAACAGUUUCUCUUUACCGUCCCUUUUAGGGUUCAGUCAAAAUAUAUUCUGAAUUCAAGCCGGCGCUGCUGACGGUAUGUUAACCUCAUAAUCUGUACCGAUUACAAUCCAAAGAAUUAAGAGCACGGAAGCAUGACCUAAACAAUGUGUCACUGUGCAAAUACUUUUUAUGCUCAUUGUAUUUUCUUUCGCUGCUCUAGUUUCAAAUUGAUUUCUUUUCUUUUUUUUGCAAACUUCAAAUUGUUUGUGGUGAAACGGCAGACAUCAGAGUUGCAAAGGGAUCAACGUUGCUAACGGGACUGUAGUAUUGUUUCCAUGGAAAUAAUCAAUGGAUCAGUUUGAUGUACCAUUCAAAGUUCAGUGUGCACCCUUUGUCCUCACAACAGAUUCCUCUACAAACAGAGUACUGGAUCCUACGAAGAGUUUGAAAUUGUCAUAUUGUGUUAGUUUACUUUCAGAAUGAUUCCACGAUCUCAUUCUCUUUCUUGGUUUUGAUAUUUUCUCCGGGUUUGUUUGGCUGUUAGUGUAAUAGUCUGAAAUAGUGAAAGACCAUUAAGUGUCGGUUGUGUGAAUUCAUAUGAUUGCAUUAUUUUCACUCCUUUUCAUUCUUACAAUAGGCACCAGUUAAUCAUUUUGGCUAUUCUUUACAUCCAUGUUAGUGCAGUACAUAUUUUACUGUUGGAUUUUCUUUCUAGGAUUAAAUUGAG